UCUUCAUUAUUUAUGUAAACCAUGUGUUUAAUAUUUUAUUUAUAAUUUGCAAUUUUUUCGCGCAAAUAACCAUAUUUGAUUACAUUUUUUCAUAAAUGAUCUAAAAUAACAAUAAAUAUUACAUAAUGGAAGUGGAAAACAUUAAUGUGGAAGAGUUUCUGCCAGCUAAAAAGACUGUAAAAGUUAAAAAUGUGAAACGCAGAGCGAUUUCGGAAUCUGGUGAUGGUAUGGAAGUAGAGGAACAUAAUGGCAUUCAAGGGAAGGCUAAACACAACCGCUCAAGACCUAAGAAAAAAAGGAAUACCGAGCCAAAUGAAAGUAAAGUCAAUAUGAGGAAAGUUCCCGUGCCCGCACACAGAUAUACACCAUUAAAAGAGAGUUGGUUGAAGAUCUUUACACCAAUAGUUGAACAUUUGUGCCUUCAAGUUCGAUUCAAUACCAAAACCAGGAAUGUUGAGAUCAAAGUUGGUCCAGAAACUAAGGAUAUUGCCAACUUACAAAAGGCUGCUGAUUUUGUAAAGGCUUUCAUAUAUGGAUUUGAUGUGGAUGAUGCCCUAGCUCUUCUCAGAUUGGACGAUUUAUUUGUAGAGUCCUUUGAAAUUAAGGAUGUUAAGAAUCUACAGGGAGACCACUUGGGCCGUGCAAUAGGCCGACUGGCGGGUAAAGCAGGCAGAACAAAAUUUACAAUAGAAAACGUCACUAAGACAAGAAUAGUUUUAGCAGACUCAAAAAUUCAUAUACUAGGCAGUUAUCAAAACAUUGCAUUGGCAAGGAGAGCUAUAUGUAACCUUAUAAUGGGUUCCCCACCCUCAAAAGUGUAUGGCAAUUUGAGGAAUGUCGCAAAUAGGGUUGCGGAGAGAUUUUAAAUUUAAAUAAAAGUUAUAUAUUUAC